AGCGGCUGGCGGGGCAAGGGGCACCGGCAGGGGUGGGGGGGCAAGGGAUUGUGGGUCGAGAGUGAGGGGCCCCGUGGAUGAGGGGCACCAAUAGGGCUUAGGGGCGACAGGGGGCUGCGGGUCAGGAGUGAGGGACCGUCCCUCCCCCAGGGCCCUGGGGACCAGGACGGGGCUUCCUGCUUCCCCUGCUGGAAACAAUGCCGCGCCCUUCCUGGCCUGGCUUGGGAAUAGGGGGGCAUCAGGGUGGGUCUAACCCCCUCUGCUGCUUGGUUUUUGAAGGGAAACUGAGGCAGGGGGGUGGGGCCCAGGUAAAUAGGCCUGGACCUGACCGGACUCCUGGGCUAGGCAGUUUCCCAGGCCGGGGGUGGGGGGACCAUGGGUUUUUUCCCCCCCGUGUCCGAGUGGCUCUGCGGAGGGGUGGGAUCGGGCCUCUUCCCUCUGGGGAAGGGAUCCAUGCUGCCUCCUGGCACCCCCUGACCCUCCCCUGCCCCCAGGCAGGAGCAGCAUGGCGGCAGGCCUGGGGGGUGCCCUGCUGCUGCUGGCAUUGCUGGAGCUGAAGCUGGGGGGCACCGAGAGCUCCCCUUGGGACCUGGUGCCCCGUAAGACUGUGCCUUAUGGUGAGCUACCAGCUGGAGCGCGGCGCUUUGGGGGUGCAGGAAUGAGCCACUUCCUGACGCUGACGCUGGACGAGGCUGAGGGGCUGCUAUAUGCAGGCGCCCGUGAGGCCGUCUUCGCCCUGUCCACUGCUACCCUCAACCUGCAGGCCACGGGAGGCUGGGGGGAGUGGGGCCUCCAGAGGGAUCUUGUGGAUGGCAGGGCUGGGGCUGACACCCACUAUGCCCUACAGACUGACUGCUUCAACUACGUGAGGCUGGUGCAGCCGCUCAAUGCCUCGCACCUCUACGCCUGUGGCACUGGUGCCUUUCAGCCCAAGUGCGCCUACAUCGACCGCGCCACCUUCUCCCUGGACCCGCAGGCUUUUGAGGACGGGAAGGGCAAGUGCCCCUACGACCCUACCAAGGGGCACACCGGCCUUGUUGUGGAUGGAGAGCUGUAUUCGGCCACACUUAACAACUUCCUGGGCACGGAGCCUGUGAUCCAGCGCAACUUGGGCCCCCGCUACUCCAUGAAGACUGAGUUUCUGCCCUCCUGGCUCAAUGAGCCACACUUUGUGGGUUCAGCCUUCGUGCCUGAGAGUGAGGGCAGUGCCAGCGGGGACGACGACAAGGUGUACUUCUUCUUCAGUGAGCGUGCUGUAGAGUAUGACUGUGACACCCCCCACGUCGUGGCCCGUGUGGCCCGUGUUUGCAAGGGGGACAUAGGCGGUGCGCGGACGCUGCAGAAGAAAUGGACGUCGUUUUUGAAGGCACGGCUGAUGUGCGCCCUGCCCGAGCAGCAGCUCCACUUUGACCGCCUGCAGGCGCUGGCCACGCUGCCCAGCCCCGCCUGGUCCCACACCGCCUUCUUUGGCCUCUUCCAUGCCCGCUGGGGGGAUGUUGUGGUGUCGGCCGUGUGCCAGUAUGACCUGAAGACAGUGCAGCAGGUGUUUGAUGGGCCCUACAAGGAGUAUCAGGAGCAGGCCCAGAAGUGGGGGCGCUACUCGGACCCAGUGCCCAGCCCCCGGCCUGGCGCGUGCAUCACGGCCUGGCACCGGGACAAUGGCUUUGCUAGUUCCCUGGAGUUGCCCGACAACACCCUCAACUUCGCUAAGAAGCACCCACUGAUGGACGAGCCAGUGCUGCCACAUGGCGGGCACCCGCUGCUUCUCAAGAAAGGCGUCAACCUCACACACCUGGCUGUGGACCGGGCCCAUGGUCUGGAUGGGCAGCUCUACAAUGUCCUCUUCCUUGGCACAGAUGAUGGGUGGUUACUGAAGGCAGUGAGCAUGCCCACGCAGGUCCAUGUGGUGGAGGAGCUGCAGAUCUUUGAGCAAGGGCAGCCUGUGGAAAGCCUAGUGCUGGCACCCCAGAAGAAGUUGGUGUUUGCGGGCUCGCGCUCUCAGGUGGUGCGGCUGCCCCUGGCCGACUGCAGCAAGUAUCUGUCAUGCCCUGACUGCCUCCUGGCCCGUGACCCCCACUGUGCCUGGAGUCGCAACGCCAGCCGCUGUGUCCGCGCUGAUGGGCGCGAUCGGGCCCUGCUGAUCCAGGAUGUAGCCGCUGCCAACACGGCCCUCUGCAGCCUGCCCCGAGCUGUCAAGCCAGCACCAGCGGCACCCAAGAACGUGACGGUGGCGGCAGGCACAGACCUGGUGCUGCCUUGCCGCCUGGCCUCCAACCUGGCACAUGCACGCUGGACCUUCAACGGGCGGGAGCUGCCGGCCGAGCGGGUGCCUGAGCUGGCUGAUGCCCAUGUCCGUGCCUUGCUGCUGCUGGGUGCUGGUCCCCAGCAUGCUGGCACCUACCAGUGCUUUUCAGAGGAGCAGGGUGCCCUCCUGGCCACUGAGGCCUACACUGUAGCUGUGUUGCCUGGCCUAGCCACCACGCUGGAGGCACGGGCGCCACUGGAGGGCUUAGGACUGGUGUGGAUGGUGGCCGUGGCCUUGGGUGCUGUGUGUGCCGUGCUGCUGGUUGUUGUGCUGUCCCUACGCCGGCGGCUCCGGGAGGAGCUGGACAAAGGGGCCAAGGCAGCCGAGCGCACCCUGGUCUACCCUAUUGAGCUGCCCAAGGAGCCAGCCAGCCCCCGCUUCGCCCCCAGCACUGCUUCUGACUCAGAUGAAAAGCUUUGGGACCCUGGCAGCUACUAUUAUUCGGAUGGCUCCCUCAAGAUUGUGCCGGGCCAUGCGGCCUGCCCUAACGGGGGCCCUGCACCCAGCCCUGGCAUCCCCGGGCAGCCCCUGCCCUCACCGCCCCCCCGCGCCCCACUGGGCGGCUUGCGGGGCUCGGCCUCCAAUGGCUACAUCCGGCUGCAGCUGGGGGCAGAGGCGAGGCCUGAGCGGGGCGAGCUGGCUGAGGAGCUGCGGCGCAAGCUCAAGCAGCGCCAGGCUCUGCCCGACUCCAACCCCGAGGAGUCCUCGGUGUGAGGCGCUGCCUGCGCCCUCACCGCUGCACAGCUACCUCAUGGCCUGGCCCCCUGGGCCGAGACCUGGACCAGGGCCUUGAUCCCUACACCCAGACCUAAACACAGGCCAGAGGUUUAUGCUCCGGCCUGAGGCCCCAGCUCUCAGGCCUGGACACUAGCUAGACUCAUGGCCUACAUCAAAGCCCAUGCUUCAAGGCUCAGGCCUAUGCCAAGGCCCAGCCCCAGCGGGGACAUUUUUAAGGUCCCCUUUUUCUACACCUCUCUCCCCUGGGGGAGCUCACAGCCACCGGCAGCGUCAAAGGAGGCCGAGGGCUCCAGCAUCUGUCCCAUCACCUUCCCCAGCCAAGGCUGGGUUUGGCAGCUUCUAGUAGCCAGACAGGCCCUCCCCCUGCAGGGGAGGGGACAGCUGGGCCUUGGCCCCCUCCUGGCACCCAGCAUAGCCCACAGAGCAGGGCACCAUGCCACCCCCACCCCCUCCCCUAUGGGGCAGGGGCAUUGUGAGGAGGGUGCCAGUGUACAUAACCCCUCCCUCUGCCGUGUCCCCUGCACGCCAGCUUCCCUCACCCCCUCCACCACACUCCCCUUUUUUAUCGGUGCCCCAAGCCACACAGUCCCGGUAAUUUAUUUGUUACCGAAAUGUAUUUAUUUGCUGUAAAUACUCAAGGAUUUUUAUAUUAAUAAUAAAAGGGAGAGAAGCUCCAGCCAGUGUGCAGCCCUGCCAGAGCUUGUGGGAAGCAGAGCUGGAUGGGGGUGCUAUAAAAGCAAAUCCAGCUGCCAGGACUCCUGGGUUUUCUGCCAGCCUGUGUCAGGCUGGGGCACUCAACCCCCAGAUCCCAUCCAGCUGCCUUGUUCCUGCAGGGUGCCUGGGGUGGGGGGCGGAAAUUCAGUCUCUCCCAAGCUGGCCUGGCUCCUUCCCUCUUCCCACGCCCUGGGUCAUGGCAGCUAAAAAGCCUGACAGGAAAUUCUUCCUGGGUAGGAUAGAUGGGAAGGCUCCUCCUCCCUGUGUGGCCUAGCGGCUACAUCCCUUUGCCCACUGAGGGGAGGGGGAUGACGGACACGACACAGGCAGGCUGGCGGGGUUGGAACAAGAACCAGGUGUCCAGGUCCCUGCAGCUGCAGCAGCUCCACCCUGUGCAGGUGUUGGAGCAGCUGGCAUGGCCUCCCCCUCCCCAGCCCCGCAACCAGCUGCUGCUGAAGGAACUCACUGAGCUGCAGGGGGUGCUGGGUGCUUGGCCUUGACCCCCUGCAUGGUGCAGAGAGCCUGACCCAGCACCCCCUGGCAAGGGAGGACAACCUAGGUGUCCUGGCUCCCUGCUGUCUAGGGUGGGGGAGAGGUCUAGCCCUGCUCUCAACAUCUCCCAGGGGGGCACAUAUGUCAGCACCAGCUCCGGACGCCAGGCUGGGAAACUCACGGCUUUUCCCACAGCCCCAGGCCACGGGGAUGUGGCCUGGCCAGGGUCCAGCUGCGUCUGAGAUGGAGAGAGCCUAUGCCUGCUGCUGGCGUGGAUGGGAAGGAAGAGGAGGAGGGCGCCAGGAUGCCUGAGUUCUUCCCUGUUGCCUGCCCCCAGAGGCAGGGUGCAGAGCCCUGCAUUCACAGCACAGUGGUGGGAGAGGCUGCCCUAGCCCUAAGGGUGGGUGCCAGGGGCCAGGCCAGGCUGGCGGCACGUUGCGUGGGGCCCCUUAUUCCUGACCCACAGCUGCACAUUGUUGCUAAGGAAGUGCUUCUACUGCCCCACAGCUCAGCCCAACCCCACCUGGAGUUAAUGAGGACUGAUUUCCACCAGCUGUGUCAGGGACAGUUGCCCUUGCUGGCCUGAGUGUGUAGUGUCCAUGGAGGAGAACGGUGCAUGAUGGGCCUCUCCUGCCUGGUACUGUGCCUGCUGUGCCCACAGGGUACAGGGACCCUGGCAAUGCCCCAUGCAGCUGGGACAACCCAGACAAGCACCAGCUGCUGCCAUCUGUGUGGUUGCCCGGCCUACCUGGGAUUGUAGAGCUCAGACCCCAGCCAGCUGAGCUUGCACCCCCCCAAAAAAGGCACUGCCACUCAGUCUCAACCUGCAGCCCCCUGCCCAGCUGGUGCCCCACUCCUGACCCACACUGUGAAUUUGUAUGGGUGCCCUCUAGCAGCUGGACUGGGUCUUGCAGCGGGUGCUAUGGAAACCAGGUGUCCAGGCAGCUGCCCCCUCACACCCACUGCUUCCAGCCCCUCCCCCAUCCAGGCAUCUGCCAUUUCUCUUUGCUUUUGCUAGUGCUAACUUGCCCUUCCCAGGGCAGCCAGCCACCCCAUGGUAGCUGGGGUGCUCUGGAGGCCUGGGCCUGGGCUGCAUCUGGGGCAGCAGGUCCAUGGUGCAGUGGGGAUGUAGUGAGCUGGGCCACACUUCGCCCAGGUCCCCUGGAGGGACCAGGGGCCAUGGAGGGAAGGGGAGUGCCUGGGCCAGGCUGUAGGACUGCUGUAUGUCUCUGGGGGCACCACCCUUGGCCCAAAGGGGGGUUCCUGGGGUGCUGUGCAGGGGAGAGAGGGGGCUGGGGGGUACUAGGCAGCACUAUGAUGGAAGCUUCAGCAGGGGUACUGGAAUAGGGUCUCAUGGCCAUGUCCCCCCAGGUUAUGCAGCAGCAGUACCAAAACAGGCUCCUGACCUCCUGCCUUGACAGCGGUGCCGUGCCCAGAGAGUGGCAGCCCUGCAGAACUCAAUUCGACCCUGGCUGGGGGGGCCAUAGCACACCCUUGGGCCACUAUGCGAGUCAUGACCCCUGGCCACAGAGACAAGCAGGUACUUGGGGAGCCAGGGGGAACAUGUGUAUGGUAUAGGGGGCCUCUUGAGUGUUUAUGACUUGUCCUCACGAUUUCAGGCCCUGCCCUGGAGCACCCCACUGUAGCAUGGCCAGCCAGGAGCAAGACACACCUCCUGGGAUGUAAUGACCAAAGAAGUUUCCCUGUCUCUUAAGGGCUGAUGGGGCAGAGUGCUGAGUGGUGCUGGGCUGCGCUCGGGAACACAGGCUGUGGCUGCUGGGGUGAGGUUCUGGGUUGGAGGCAAGUUUCAACCCUGGAAAAGAAGCUCCUGGUUGACCCAGACCCUAGAAUCAAACCAUGGGCACGCUCUAUGCAAUGGGAACAUCCACCUGCACCGUUCCCCCAAGCCCAUUCCCUCCUGGCCUCAGCAGGGCCAUUGCAUGGACCUUUCCUCCCACAUUACAUGGCUUCUUCGUGCCGCCCUUUUUACCCUGGUUCUCCCUGCUCCAGCCCCUGGGCCCCACAGGGUCCUCCAGCCCCAGGGCAGACAGCAGGGCAGGGGGCUUGGGGGCCUAUUAUUUCCCGGUCUGUUUGCAGCCCUCCUGCUGCCACCAUGGGCACCCCCAGAACUGCAGCCCAGAAGCACAGGGCACCUGCCAUGGGGGGCAGGGGGGAUGGACAGACGGACGAACGACCCGGGAUGGAGCCACCUCUGGACCGGGGCGCAGGACAGAACACACCACACAGUGCUGGGCUCUGCAGGGCUUUCACUGCCAGUGUGGGGGGGUACAGCAGUGCCCGUCCCCCCAUAGACACAAGCAAUAUGGCUGCUGCAGCUUCACCCCUUCAGCAGGUCGGGCCCCUGUGCCCACAACCAAUAUGGGUGCAUUAGCAGGCCAAGCCCCCUCGUGCCCACAAGCAACACGGCUUCUCCUGUUGAGCACAGUAGGCCUGGUGCCCACAACCAACA